GCGCAGGUGUAGCGGUGGGCAGUCGUUGAGCCUUGACUGUCACAUGAUCUGAAAAUGGCCACCGCCUACGAAUGGCAUCCUCGAAUACGAGACUAUGUGGCAGAACGCCAGGAAGAACAGAGUCCCCGAGAGGAGGCGGGGUCGCAUCCCCUCAAGGCAGUCACUGUUACCCAAGUGUCGAAGGCUGAGAAGAGAGGAGCAUCAGGCAGCAAGUCAAAGAGCAAUGCCACCUCCGAGUUUGUUGACCCCCUGAGUUCGGGACCUCUGGGGGCGGCCUUCGAUGGCACUGACCCCCUCUCACAGCUGGCGGCCACUGUGGAUGUUAAGCCAUUUAGGAGUCGCAGCUUCCAGGAGAAGGAGGAAGCUCAGGAGUUGGACGAGACAUUUGAACCAUGGGCAGCAAAAAAGGGGAGCAUUCUGGCCAAGUUCACAACGUCAGAAAAACUGUCCAUAACAACCAGCUUUCUCUCUGCUUCUGACAAAGAAAGAGUGGUGAUGAAGGCCCAGACUACCACUGUCAGUGACAAGGUGAAGAACAGACUGGAACAGCUGGAUGACUUUGAGGAGGGCUCGGUGCAGGAGAUGCUCAACCUGAGUCAGCAAGAUUAUGUGAAGAGAAUUGAUGAGCUGAACCAGGCUCUCAUCAACGCCUGGGACCAGGACCAGAGGGUCAAGGCACUGAAGAUAGCUAUACAGUGCUCCAAGCUGUUGGCUGAUGUGUCUGUGAUACCAUUCUACCCCAGCAAGUUUGUCCUCAUAACAGACAUCCUAGAUACAUUUGGGCGCCUGGUGUAUGACCGACUGAGGGAGAAGGCCCAGUAUUACCCCCCAGGGAGUGGAGUGCCUGUCAAGCUACCGGAAAAGUUCACCCCUGAGCAGGUGCCGGAGUCAGCCAAAGAGACAUGCCGGAACUGGUUCUUCAAGAUCGCUUCCAUCCGAGAGUUGAUACCCCGGUUCUAUGUAGAGACCGCUAUACUCAAGUGUUACAGCUUCCUCAACCCUGGAGAAUACUCUGAUGCUCUGCUUCGUCUGGCAAGUAUGACGAGAGGAAUCGGUGAUCCGCUGGUUGCUAGCUACUCCAGAUGCUACCUGUCUCGGGUUGGAAUCAAAGUGGCCCCGAGUAUCCGCCAUCAUCUGAUGCCACACUUUGAUGACUUCCUCGCCACCUUCCAUCAGGUACAAGGGGACAGUGUCCAGAACAUCCUUGCCAUGCAGAAGCUGGAGAUGCCGCGGUACCUGAUGCUGUUCUCCCCGGCCCUGGACUGGCUGCUCCAGUGCAUUGCCAACAAAUCUCCCGAGACGGUCCUCACAGAGACUCUCGAUAAGUGCAAGAAGCAGUGUAACAGCGCCCUGCUCCUCAACUCCAUCAUGUCAGCCUUCCAGCCCCAGUACAUCGCCCACAGGGCCGUCAUGUUCACCGAGAUGAUCAAGGAGUGCGAGGACACCGGCUUCCCUAAGGACCAGCUUCACAAGACCCUGGGGCUGUGUCUGGUUGUGGCAGACCCCCCUCCUGACCAGCGACUCACCGUCCUUAAUGAGGUCUGGAAGGCUGUUGUCAAACUCAAGAACCCAGCGGAGUACAUUGGCAGUGCUGAUAUUUGGAUUGAGUAUGUUGUGAAACACUUUGGGAAGCGAGAGGUUAACACCAUCCUGGCGGACAUCAUCAAACACAUGACACCAGACCGGGUCUUCGAGGACUUCUACCCCCAGAUGUUGUCGGUGGUCUCCAAGAUACUGGCACAUCAACACAACUUCACAGCACUCUUCUCUCUGGAGAAGUUCCUCCCCUUCAUGGACAUGUUCCAGAGAGAGAAUGUCAAGGUCGAUGCGUGUAAGAGUGUGGCCGAGGCAUUUGCUAAGUUUCAGACGGAGCCAUUGAAUGAUCCCAUUGUCAUAAACGCAAUGAUGUUCAUCUGCAAGACAAUGCACGACUCCGUCAAUGCCCUGACUCUGGAGGAUGAGAAGAGAGUGAUAAGCAACCUCAUCUGUUGUUUCAUCCGUCGCAUCUCCUUCAACCGGGACUUCGAACAACAACUCAGUUUCUUUGUGGAGGCGCGGGCAUCCUUCAGCAACCUUGACCCUGUUCUGGUGCAGCUUGUGCAGAGUGUCAACAGCCUGUCUGUGGAAACAAGAAAGGUAGUGAAAGGCCACCACUCACGCAAGACUGCAGCUUUUGUUCGGGCGUGUUCAGCGUACAGCUUCAUCACGAUACCAUCGCUUCAGUCCGUCGUGUCCCAGCUGCAGCUGUACCUUGUGUCUGGCCAGGUGGCGCUGCUCAACCAGUGCUUCUCCCAGGGAGAUGCAUUCUUCAAAGCAGCUAUAUCCCUUAUCCCCGAUGUUCCUCGUAUCCUGGAGACUGAAGGGAAGAAGUCCUCGGAACCCUUCUUACUGGACUUCAUAUACAACUUCGUGUCCACCCUGCUUGUCACACCGGACAACCCAGAGGCAGGAGUGAUGUAUCUGUUACGAGGGCUGCUGAACGUGCUACAGGACUACACCUGGGACAACAGCAGCGACGCCCGAGCCCUCGUGUACACUCGAGUCAUCGCCAUGUUGUCUGCCAGUUGCCAGGAAAAGUAUCUCUACCAUAUUGACAAAGUUGAUUCCAAUGAUGCACUGUAUGGAUCGGACCCCAAGUUUGUGAUGGAGGUGGAGAAAAUGUGCAGCAUGCUGGUGGAACAGGUCCUCAACCACCUGAAAACUCUCUCAAGCCCAGAGAGUGCCAAACGUCAGAGCGCAGUGGCCUUGGACUUGGUGAAUGUAAUCCUUGCACAGGGUGACAUAAGUAAGCCGAAUCUGGCCACUCUUGUCAUCAAUCUGUGGACUCUGGCACAGAAACAUGGCCAGGUGGACACCAAACUCAGGAACCGCGUCCUGAUCUAUGUGAAGAGGAGAGCAGCAAGUGGGAAAGUGGAAGGUUUCCAAGAGAUAUACAGCCAACUCUCAUGAGCCAGUGUUGGCCGUUCCUACACAUGCAGUGUUCAAAGCAUUAGCACAGAAUACAUUGAAAACUUGAGGUAAUUUGUCAGCUUCAUGUGCAAUCCUUUUGGUUUUAAUCAGCAUUCAACGUAGGGAAGAAAACAAUGAAGGAAUGAUGAACAAUUUGAGUAGACAAAUUAAUCACCAUGUUAUGAUAUUAGCAAGGUCUUUACAUGUUUCUUACAUGUGUGUAUAUGGCUAAAUAUAUAUGUGUAUCAUGAUCACCAUGCUGCUGUUAGAACUUGACAGCUAAAUGAUGAUGUGCCCCCAAGUCUGUUCCAGUGCAAUGUGUUACGCUGUAAAUAAAGAUAUUCCGCACAUACC